AUGGGUUCAUAUGAUGAUUAUAUGAAUUCAAAAUUUGAUCCCCAAAAAAUCACCAUCGCACAGCUGCGUGAAAUAUUAGAUACGCAUAAUGUACAUUACACUGGUGGAGAAAGGAAGGCGGAUCUAAUAAGGAAAUUCAAUAAGCAUAUUCGACCACUUAUACCAUCUUUGCGAGAAAAGAAAUCUCUAGCUUCAAAACUAAGCAACGACCCAUUUCUUUCACAUUCAGUUUAUUUAUCGCCAUGUAGAUUGUCAAUUAUUCAUGUCGUAAUUUUUGCAAUGUUAUUUUCAUUUGGAUUUGCAAUCAUAUAUAAUGACGAGUUUUCGAAUAUUUCUACCAAUUACGAUAAAGUACCAAGAAUUAAUUGGUUUCCUUGCCCAUCUAAUGCGUAUUGCUCAAACGAUAAGAUUAUCUCGUGUGAUAAAGGUUUCGUAUUGGUAUCAUCUUCGAUUCCCUGGCUCAAACCUUUCACCAGUAGAUGUAUACUUGAUAAUAGUCUUGCGCGAAGGGUUAAAAAGUAUACUGAACUGCUUAAAGAUAUCGCUGCCAAAGAAACUGGAAGAAUUGUAUGCGAAACGGGUCUUCAUGAACAUUUAUCAUUUCAGAAUCUUCUUAUUCAACUUCGUAACCAGAAAUUAGUAAAUAUGGAUACAGAUCAAGAUUUUGAAUUGAUCACUCGAAUUGCAUUGGAACACUUGAAAUUCGAUGACAACGUUGAAGUUAUCUAUAAAAAAGAUUUUGCUCAUAAAACUAACAUCUAUAUUAUCUCAAAGUAUCCAAACAAUUUUUUGGUCUGUCAACUUAGAGCCUAUCUUACCAAUAAAAUCAAUUUCUGCAAAGUUAAGGUACAAGAGAUCACCCAGCAAAUUAUUGGAAUUGUACUUACUUUUUCAGGAAUUGUAAUUACUUUAAUACGUGUAUUUAUCGCUCAUUUUUUGAGCAUACUUACUUUAACAUUUAUAGUUUAUGUUGUGGGAAAACUGAUCUAUACAAAAAUAACAUCAGAGACUGUCCCUGAAAUUAAAGAAACUGAAAUGACAAUAUUGCCAACUUACAACUUAGAAUAUCUUUGGGUCAAGAAUUAUUUUCACCAAGGGCUUCCAAAUCGCACUAUUCUUGGAAUAUUUAAAUUGGAAAUGCCAACUGAGCUUGUUAACGCUCAUAAAUCGUAUAAAAGACGUAAUUUUCAUAAUAGUAUACAUAGGAUGUUCCAUGGCACUAGAUCUCUUUGCAAUCCCCAACGGUUUAUCAAAAAUUCACAAGCUAAAUUUUGCAAGAAUGGAUGUGGUGUAUGUGGAAUCGCCCAAGAAGUUAAUACAUUUCAUUCUCUUUAUAAGGAAUGUGGUUUGCCAAUAGUUCAAGUACGUCAUAUUCCUAUUGCAAUACCUCUGGAUAUUAUUAUGGAUCCAAUACGAAUGCGAACGCCAU